AUGGCACGAGGACGUAAAUUCGUACGCGAAUCAGCGAUGAAGAAUGCAGGCAGUGAUGAGAGUAGUAACGGUGCAAUCGUCACCGACGCAUCUAAGAAGAUCAUCUCAAAGAAACCAUCGGUCAUGCAAGCACUCACAUGGCCAAAACGCUAUUGGGCCGAAGUUGGGAAGGGUAAGUUGUGUUUUGUAAGAAUCACGAAGAGCUCGAAGGGUUCGAAAAGCGAACGCAUAUCACAGUCACCGAACGAUACGAUUAAUAUCGAUCUUUUGGAGUCGCCUGUGAAGUUCGACGAUCGCAAAUUCAGAAUCCAUUUUCCAACUCACAGCGGUUUGGACUAUUUUUGUCCAUUGAGAAAAAUGGAUUAUGAGCCUUGGAAGGGUGCUGUUAUCGUUAAUAGAUGCUAUAAACCGAGUGAAGAGUCCGUUCUCUUUUUGUUGUUGUUGUUUUUUUGUUUUUGUUUUUUUCCGUUCGUUUUUCUCCUUUCCUGGCUGAAGUAA